CAUCAUUUCUUGUGCAGUAAAAAGUUUUUCACUUCGAGGCCACAAAUUUAUUGCGACGCCGUGCGUUCUUCAUUGCGCGCGCAGUGUUGAAAAGUGUUUUUGAAAUAUUAACGCUUUGUUUUUUUCUGGUACAGCGUCGGUCUUCAGCUGCUCCUCUUUUAAAUUUUAUUAAUAAUUGCUAGUAUUUAUUUCUUAUUAACUUUCGCGUGGCCAAUUGGGUAAACCGCAUAAACAGCCAUGGACGAUUCGCGUAGAUCGAUGGCGGGAAAGAUGGAUUCCCGCCGCUCAUCGAUGGCAACCAACGAUGAAAGCGUCACAAUGUACUUAUCCUUCGAUGCGGACGACACUUUGUCCAGCAAGUGGCAGUCCGCAAUGGUCUCCCAGAGCAGUCAGUACUUGGAGGUGCAGACCAGCAAGAUGGAGGUCAAUGUGGAGAGGGGCCCGGAAGACAAGGACUUCAGGCGCACCGUUCUGAAGGAUCUGCAACAGCUGACCAUCGGGGAACCGGACCAGAACUCUCCGCUGCGCCCCUUUGACAAGAGUAUUCUCAACUUGCACAACGCCUUGUGCUCCACUCCCUCCAAGGACAACACUCAGGCACAGACGAUUCCACAGAUGAUGACCAUGGACUUGACUAAUGUGGAAGACAAAGAGAACACCCAGCCUGAUGGAGAUAACCAUGCUGGCGGCGAAAACUCAACGCUCUCCAGUUCCGUCGACCUGACCGCCAACACGGUGAAGGCCAACACCCUGAAAACCGAGGACGCCACCAUGGAUGAUGUCUCCAUGCAGGAGGCUCCCAAACCCCAAGCUUCAAGCCAAGUCUAUCCUUUGAGUGCCAACGUCGUUUUGGAGAACAUAACUGAAGUGUCCAAUGAAGGAGUGUCCAUGCUGGCCUCACCCUUAGCUGAGAAGGAGGUAGCCCAGGUCACCGAGGUGGUAAGCGAAGUCUCCGAGCUGAUUGCCAAAGCACUCAAAAUCUCUGGCGACUCUGUGAAGACAUCGUCCUCAAAAUUUAAAGUAGAGGUGGGCAAGAAGAGGCAGUCUAUAAGCUCCACUAAUUCGGGGGCCUUGCCACGCCCACGUCGCUCGUUUCUGCCUACUACCAGUGCUGAGACCCGCACCUAUUCUUUCAAGCAGCGCAUGUCUGUUGUGGUCAAGACCACUCUUAAUAGUCCUGCCCGCAAGCUGAGUGCAGGCGGCGGCCUAGCAGUGAGCCGCCGGAGCUGUUUGCCCGUUUCUAAGCUGACAAAGGGUAUCAAUCGCAAAUCGCUCGCUGUGACCAGCAGCCGUUCGCCCCCGAAAAUUGCACCCAAACUGGCCAAACCGCCAUUCAAAAGCAUUCCAGACUCGGACAACGGAACCAAGACUUUGAAGCGUCUGAACACCAAUCCAGCUGGGGCGGCUGGUUCAAAGAAUCGCUGUAAGUUUUGCGACAAGAACUUCGCUAUAGAGCGCGCCCUGCACAUCCACCUGAUGCAGAAUUGCGACAAGAUACCUCCGGGUGAGAAGCGCAAGCUGCAGUUUACCGAACUGAACCACGAGAAGAAGGCCCAGCUGCCCAAGAUCGGUGCUGCCAGUGUGAUUGCCGCAACAGCGCCUGUGACACAGAAGCCCCAGCACCGCAUGAGCACGAUUCCGAGACUGGCUUCCUCGAAAGUGGCCCCAUCCAUGGCUCCACCGUCCAUAAAGAAGGUUCCUAAGAACGUAGCGCAUGCCGGCGUUUACCGUACUCCCACUAAGACUGUGCCCUGUCACAUCUGUAAGCAAUCCUUCAAGAGCAUACUCGAGUUUACCAACCACAGCCUGACCGUGCACGCAAAGAGCCAGCAUCUGGAGUUGACUGGCGGAGAAGCACAGAGUGCCAAGGAUAAAAUCAAAUGAUUCGUGUGUAGCCUAGUCUAGGUCUAAGUUUAAUGUACUUUAAUCUCUACCAGUUUAAAUGCACAUUAACAUAAUCA